UCGAUCAGAUUAACGCAUCUCAUGAGAAUAUAUAAAGGGAUGGAUUAUAGAUUACGUUUCAAAUGACACCAGGAAGACCAGUGGUCAACAGGAGUUGUAGUGUUGCAGAAUUUCAUGCACUGCUGUAGGCUCAUACUUGUGUGACUCCGGCCGAGUUCCCAGCAGAGCGUCAUGUUGUCAUGAAAUUAUUCUUGUCACCAAACACAGUCAAUCAACACACGAGUCCUGUCAAUUCAUAGAACUAAUAAGGUAAAGUUGAUCUGGACGAAGAACAUCUGGGAUAUUUCAUUGGUGAAGGAGUAAUUUUACCACGAAAGGACGACUACACACAAAAGGGAACGUCUUACGUCCUUGAGGAAAGAUGGCUGAAGCAACAACUAAUGGCGAAGAAAAAGAGGAAAUGGAAAAGAUCUUCCAAAUUGUGGCGAAAAAAAUUAACCGCCAUUGGAAAUGGCUGGGAAGAAAAUUGAAAGUUGAUAAUGCUGUGAUUGAAGAAGUAGAAGGUGACUUUCGUGGCCAGUCGGAGCAGGCAUUUCAAGUCCUGAUGAGAUGGUUUCAAAUGAAUGGUCAGAAUGCCACGAAGGAGGUUCUUUACGUUGCCUUGCGAGAGAUUGGAUUUCAGAGCGUCGUUGAUAUUGUAGAUCCUAAUUUUUGGAGUCGGAACAAGAUUCCGCCAAAGAAGGAACGUCCUGACACGCCAAAGAGUUUGACAAAAAAAGAGGAAAGUAAUGAAGACAGAAGAAUAUCGCCAGAAAAACCACCGAGUAGUCCACGGAACGGUUACAGCUGGCAUUUGCUGGAAUGGUUUGAGAAAGAAGUGAAACAAAUGUUCGAAGAUUGUAUUGACAAUUUGACGCCUGAUACAGAUCGCUUUCUCCUUGUUAGCAAACUAAAAAUGGCUCAGCAUGUGAUGGAAUUGAAUACAAUACUCAUGAGAUUUUCACGCAUGUUUCACGAUGAAGUGAUAAGGAAAUCCUGUACGAUAAGAUAUGAACAAACUGAUCAAUUAAUUCGCUUGAUUCUGAACACAAUGGCAAAACAUGACGAAUCGAAAAAAACAAGAUCCCAUAGAACGCGCUCUGCGUCCGAGCGUAUCCCACGACGAAAAAGUAUGGUAACACUACAGCCACGAAGUGGUACAUUCAGUUCGGGAUUAAGCACAAUUUCGUCGCCAAUAUCAACCUCAAGGCAAUGUCUAUUCGGCAAAGAAUCUUCGUCAGGUUUUCCUAAUCAAAUUUGUGAAGAGGUAUUCGCGGAGUAUGAACAAACCGAGCCGUGUCAGGGGCCUCUUCCACGUUGCGACAGCUGUGGUAGUUGCCUGAGUUUUGAGGUAAAACAAGAUUCGAGGGAAAUGAACGAGAUGAACCCAGUGGAUGAGAAUUGGAAUGAGGAUUACAGAUCUGCGGGCCUUAUCUCCCAAGAAACUAGCAAUGAUAACGACGAUAAGGAGAAUCAACAAACAAUAUCGUGAUAUUUUAUAUAAAGCCGGAAUAUGAUUGUGUUCAAUCGUAGAAAAUCAACGUGAAGAACACGAGAGCGAGUGCCGGAUUAGUAGCUGUAGAUAGACCAUGAUCAAAUCAUGUCCAUAUUCACCGUUCAUUGAAGAAGGAGAGAUUUUCUUAUUGGAAUUAUAUAAUCAUACCUCAGGGUACAAAUUCAUGUAUCAUUUUAUAUCCAAACCUGUACCCUGGAGUAAUUUUUGUGAAGAUUGUAUGCUCGCAAUCAUUUUUACUUUCAUCAUUUAAUAUAUAACCAAAACUAGUCAGAGUUCAGACACGGAUUGGAUUCCAUUUUCUUAAUAGCUUUUUUUGAGAAAAAUAGGAUAUCUUUUAAUUAUUUAUUUUGAAUUGUAUCGAAAUUAAAACAGUAAAAUGGGCGACGAAAACCGAUAAUAUUUAGGUCGUGAGGAAUAGUUUAUCGUACGCAUAAUGUGCAUGGGAAAGGAUUAAUUUCAUGCAUUCUUUUGUACAAAUAUAGUACAUAUUAAAUAUAAAACACUCCUUCUUUGAACAUUUUCUAUAGUUGUACAAUAUUCACUCACAUGUACAAUGUUUAAUAAUCGAUAUGUAUACAUUUAUAUAAAACUCAUUUUGUAAUUCUCAUAUAUGACAUUCACUAAUAAUUGUCAAACAAUGUAUAAUAAUGAACA